UAUGGCUGUUGUCAGACAGACAAAGCAGAGAGGCAAAUAAUUCGCCUCUGAUUAGAAAUCCUUGGAAAGGGGUCGGACAGGGCACUGUUAUCAAAUUGCUUUAUUGUUCGGCUGCAGUAAAAGGCACAGCGGGUCUUUGCUCAAGUUAUAAAGUUAAAUGGUUGAGUGGACGAUUUGAACCGAGCAGCAGGAUGUCUGAGUUCAGUGAGGAGCCGCGCUUCACUAUUGAGCAGAUAGAUCUGCUGCAGCGGCUGCGUCGCACCGGCAUGACCAAGCAGGAGAUCCUGCACGCACUUGACACUCUGGACCGGCUGGACCGGGAGCACGGCGACAAGUUCGGCCGCCGCACCUCUUCCUCCUCCUCUUCCUCGUCCUCCUACGGAGUGGGCGGGGCAAACAACAACUCUGCCUCUAAUACUACUACAUCAUUCAACAAUAACAACACUGCCUCGGCGGCCACCACCUCCUCCGUGUCAUGCAACGGCAAUAACAGCGCAGAGGGCAGCACGGGCGAUCACUCUGCUGCCGCCGCAUCUUCCACGACCUCCAAAAUCUCCACCGCCACGCAGACGCAGUUCGGCAGCGGAGGGGCACUCUCGCCAUCUCCUAGCAACAGCUAUGACACGUCCCCGCCUCCAGGGCCGCCGCCGCCUUCCGCCAUUUUGCCCUCACCUGUCUCGCUUGUGGCUCUGUCACAGAACGGCCGGGAUAGCCUAGCUGCCACACCCAACGGGAAGCUGUCUCCUCCGAGGUACCCAGUGAACAGCGCGGCCGCAGCGCGAGCAUUUGGGUUUGAAGCUACAGAAGAGGACCUGGACAUUGACGAUAAGGUGGAGGAGCUGAUGAGGAGGGACAGCAGCAUGGUGAAAGAGGAGAUCAAAGCGUUCCUGGGGAACAGGAGGAUCUCUCAGGCAGUGGUGGCGCAGGUUACCGGCAUCAGCCAGAGCAGGAUCUCCCAUUGGCUGCUGCAGCACGGCUCCGACCUGAGCGAGCAGAAGAAGAGGGCCUUUUACCGCUGGUACACGCUGGAGAAAACCACACCAGGUGCCACUCUGAACAUGCGGCCAGCUCCGUUACCUAUGGAGGAGAUGGAGUGGAGGCAAACCCCGCCGCCCAUCACCACUGCCCCCGGAACCUUCCGGCUGCGCCGAGGAAGUCGCUUCACGUGGAGGAAAGAGUGCCUGGCUGUGAUGGAGAGCUACUUCAACGACAACCAGUACCCAGAUGAGGCCAAAAGGGAGGAGAUAGCAAACGCCUGCAAUGCUGUUAUUCAGAAACCAGGGAAGAAGCUGUCUGACCUGGAGAGGGUCACCUCCCUGAAAGUUUACAACUGGUUCGCCAACCGUCGCAAAGAGAUCAAGAGACGGGCUAACAUUGAAGCCACAAUCCUGGAGAGUCAUGGGAUAGACGUCCAGAGUCCAGGGGGGCACUCCAACAGCGACGACAUCGAUGGAAACGACUUCUCAGAGCAGGCAUGUGACCUGCCCUACUUUGACAAGAGACCCCUCAGCCGACCUUUUGGCCUUUACCGACUGGAGCCCACCUCGCCAACGCAGGACGACAGCGCAGCGCACAGCGAGCACCAGGACCCCAUCUCUCUCGCUGUGGAGAUGGCCGCCGUCAACCACACCAUCCUGGCCCUGUCCAGAACCGGAGGGGUCCCCAACGACAUCAAGACGGAGUCCCUGGAGGACGAAUGAACUGCACAGGAGCUGGGAUGGAGGGAGCGGUGGAGAGGGGAAUGGGAAGGAGGAGUA